GGUCCGGAGAAAGAGUCUCAGCAAACGCUAGGUCGAACUUAGAAGCGGAGAGCGCUGCGGGAAGUGAUAAAGCGGCGAGGCGAUCAGGCGAACCGCCGGCGCCGGUAGAUCAACGAUUCCGAGGGCGGCCGGCCGGUCACCGGAGCCCAGAGCCGCCGCCGCCGACAGCCGCCGUCGCCGGCGCUGUUUUAACAGCACCUCCAACACCGUCCCGCAUCGUCCGAUAGCCCAGCUGAGGCGAGGUUUUGCGGAGAUAGAUUGAGCUUGCCGACGCGGGGCUGCAAACGGAAAUGGCGAAGAAUAAGCAACCGAGCGGUGGGAAGGGGGAGAUGGGUGGUCCUGAAUUGGACAUCAGGACGAUCAUGAGGGAUGUCGAGUUCCUAGGGUCAUCUCGUAUGACAUGGAAAGAGAGGAAGGAGCUAGAGAAUAAGAAGGUGGUUUCCUUAGGUGGUAAGGCACCUAAGAAGCAGCGACUACCUCUGAGUGUGGCUCGACCCAUGAUGAAGAACCAGAAGAAAAGAGAAGAGAAAAUGUUGCAAGAGAAUAUGAUCCUUCAACGAUUUGGGGGGAAGUCUAGUAGCUGGAGCAGCACAGGGAGGCUCGAGGAGAGGCGCAAGCCCGAGGACCGAGUAUUGAAGUCGAUCGAUGGUAAUUUCAAGAAAGGGAUCCUCGAUGUGAAGCAUUUACUACAACCAACCCCAUCCGGAGAUAGUGAGAACAACAAGAGGACGAGUUUCAGAGGGAAAGGCAAGAAGAAAGCCGGGAAGAAGUCCCGAGGUAAGAAGCGCGGUGGUAAGAAGCGCCAUUGAUCGGCAGUCCACUGAAUUUGAAGUUCCUUAUGCGACAGAACAGAUGGAGAGUAAUGCUGGCCAAUGCUGCCCUGGAUGAUUUGUGGUGGGGAUACACAUUCUAGGUGACUGUCCUGUCCAAUGUAUCGAGUUUUUAUUUUCUUUGUAGCUGUUCUUUGGAACUUCUUUCUCUUCGGGUUAGCUCUUUAUCUUGUAGUUGCUUGAUCCAAAAAGUUUUGACAACAUGCCUCCUCAAACCAGGAAAAGAAUUUGAGAGAGGUUUGAAAUUUUUGUAAGUAUAGGGCUCUUAGGGUGAUUGGGCCAAGUGGGACAAAAUGUCGUUCAUCAUAAUUAACUUUAAUUAAUGUAGGGCGAUUGUUGCGA